AUGGCGCUAUCACUUAAUAACACAACAGAGAUGGAUUUGACUGAGAAUUGCAGCGUUCUCUGUGAUAAUUCUACUGACGUAGCGGCUACACAAACACUGAAGAAGGCGAUGGAGAUCCUGUCUUACACCAAUUACGUCCUGCUGCCUUUGUUACUUGUUUUGGGUUUGACCGGAAACACGCUGACCGUCAUCAUAAUGCAGACAAAGAGAUACAGCCACCUGACCUCGCGACUCUUCCUGAUCGCCCUGGCUCUGUCUGACUCCGUGCUCCUCCUGACACAGCCACUUAAUAAGAACUUUGUCCUGAUGUACCUCGGCACUGAUCUUAGAGCGUUGUCAAGCAUUGGCUGCAAAGCAUUUUUCGUUAUUUUCAAGACAGCAAAAAUGUCUUCAUCGUGGUUUCUCGUCUUUAUAUGCUGGGAGAGGUUCGUAGCUGUUUGGUUCCCCCUUAAAGCUAAGAUAAUUUGCACGAAGCGUGUAGCUGUUGCUCUGAUAGUUCUAGUUUAUGUCUUCAUAUUAACGUACACUUCCAUUUGGAGCUAUGCUUCUCAGAUUACCAAAAACAACAUUUGUCACCCUGACGUUUAUGACAAAUCUGAUCCGUAUGAAGUCAGUCGGUUUGGUACAUUUUUGUUAGGUGGUUUAUCCAUUUAUUCCCUCAUUCCUAUGUGCUUUCUUGUCACAAUGACUCCGCUUAUUUCAAUUAAGCUCUCACGUCAAGGUCGAAAGCGGAAGUCAAUGAUGGGGAAAUCAGUCAGAAGGAAGACUGCCUCUCAAGACACCAACAGAACCACUGUCAUGUUGGUUGGGGUGAUGGUUGCCUACAUUCUUUUAAUCUCGCCUGUAACAGCUCUACACAUGAGCGCCUUUUUCCUUAGGUUGAAUGCAUUUGGUUCAAAUGCCCUGGGCUUUCUGGUUUUUAAAGAAGUGUCUCAGAUUCUCGAACAGUUGAAUUAUGCCAUCAACUUCUUUCUCUACGUUUUGACGUCCAGUAUGUUUAGAAAUGGUCUUGAAGAAUUAUUUGGAUGUAGAAAUUCGAAAUCACCGGGAACAAGCGUCAAAUCGUCAUCUGGUUCUGAUUUUAAGAUCAGCAUAAGAAAAAAGUACCAAGAAUCGGGGAAAAUCUCCACAAUAUCGAAAUGA